UUAAUUGCAAAACAGUUGAGUAUUUAUGUAUAAAAGGCCAAUGUUUCGAUUUGAAAAAACGCAUCAGUCAACUAGUCUUUUCCUAAGAACACACGCCAGUCUAACAAAAACACUCUCAAAAUCAUUAAAAUGUUUAAGUCCUAUGCUUUUAUUUUGGCUUUGGCUGUGUCCUCCUCCAUAGCAGCUCAAAUUCAAAACGACAUUUACUUCAACGCCAACAUGGAAGCAGCUAAAGUGGCCGGGCCAGCUGUCAACGCCGCAUUCGAUGCCACCAUGGAUGCCGUAUCUCAAGGUACUAUCUUGCACAAAAAAGUGGUCAGACCUUCCGGACACGUGGACAAAGUGUUGUACGUUCCACCACCACCACCACAAAACCAACUGACCGUUAUCUUGAACAAAGUUGGAUUAUUGAUGCCAUUUUUGGACUCUUUCAUUUCCGGAUUCAUUCAAAAGUUGAUGUUGCCUAAACAAUUGAUCGUGUCUGGUAUCUUGUACGUUGCCGCUAAGGUAAAAGCCAUUGGCUUGAAGACCAUCGUCAGAAACGUGAUCAUCGCCGCCGUCGUAGCUGUCAUGGGUGCAAUAGCCACCGUUGCCGUAGCUGGUCUCAUCACUCUCAUCAGUACCAUCUGCACGGUUUUACCCUACAUGAAUGGAAAUGGUAAAAUAGAAUUAUCCGAAUCCAGCAUCGACUCAAUUACCAGUUUUGUCUUGGAAGCCAUUAGUAACUACGAAAAGAAAUAGUAAAAAACAUUUCCCAAAAAAAAGAAACGGAUAAUUUCCUAGAUUUCCGUUCCAAUUAUUUAUUUUAAAGUAUUUAAGCUGUAACAUUUAUUGACUAUAUAAUUGUAUAAGUGUUUUAAUUUUAUAUCUAAUGGUAUAUAUAUAUAUAUAU